AUGUUCGGAAUGAGUCGCCGAUGGGCGGAGCGUGCCGCCCAUCCCGAAAACGACACGUGGCCGGGUGGUGUUCACAACAGCAUCUGCUUGUUCGUUGCCGGUUGCGUUUCUUCCUUUCUCCCUUCUCCAACUUUCAACAAAAUGGCCACCAUGGGAAUGCCCGCUACUCGCCACUCUGUCUACGUUGGAAACAUCCCUUACCAGACUACUGAGGAUGCAAUCGGAAAUCACUUCAGCCAAGCUGGACACGUUACCAACGUGAGAAUCGUCUACGAUCGUGAAACUGGUCGCCCAAAGGGUUUCGGAUUCUGUGAGUUCUCUGAUGAGGCUGGAGCUCAAAAUGCAGUCAACACUCUCAAUGGAACGGAUUUCAAUGGCCGUUCGCUCCGUUUACCGUAUCUGCCGUCAUUCAGGCUCAAGUGGGCGGUGCCGACCGCAGAUUGCGCCGGCCCGAGCGUUGGCCUAUUACUCUCCGAGCUUUUCUGCUCAUAUCCGGUUGUUCCUCUCUCCUUGCUUACAUAUUCUUCAGAAAAAAUGGCUACUCGUCACUCCGUUUACGUUGGAAACCUCCCCUACCAAACCAGCGAGGAAGCAAUCGGAAACCACUUCAGCCAAGCCGGAAAUGUCACCAAUGUCAGAAUAGUCUACGAUCGUGAGACUGGACGCAUGAAGGGAUUCGGAUUCUGUGAGUUCUCUGAUGAGGCUGGAGCUCAGAAUGCUGUCGAUACUCUCAAUGGAGCCGAUUUCAAUGGACGACAACUUCGAGUCAACUACGCCAACAAGAACUGA